CCGCCACCCACUGGCGUCGCCAGGGAUUCUAGGGUGAAUUAUUCCAGGAAGUUUCAAUGAGAGAGACGAAAACCUAAGUCACUCUUGGCCAGCCAACCACAGUGACAGAAAGUGUCGCGCCCACGCUGGUGAGUCGCAGGGCUUCUUUGGGAGGCGGAAGAAAGGGCAGUGGAGACAUUUGGGGACCUGGUAGUCUGGGUCUCUCCUCCUCAUGGCUUCAUCCAGUGGCUCCAGCAACGUCUGUUCCCGUGUCAUCGAUCACAGCCAUGUCCCCGAAUUUGAAGUGGCCACUUGGAUUAAAAUCACCCUCAUCUUGGUGUACCUGAUCAUCUUCGUGGUAGGCAUCUUGGGCAACAGCGUCACCAUCCGGGUUACGCAGGUAUUGCAGAAAAAGGGCUAUUUGCAGAAGGAGGUGACAGAUCACAUGGUCAGUUUGGCUUGUUCAGAUAUCUUGGUCUUUUUGAUUGGCAUGCCCAUGGAGUUCUACAGCAUCAUUUGGAACCCCCUGACCACACCCAGCUAUGCUCUGUCCUGUAAGCUCCACACGUUCCUCUUUGAGACGUGCAGCUACGCCACAUUGCUGCACGUGCUGACCCUCAGCUUUGAGCGCUACAUUGCCAUUUGUCAUCCCUUCAGGUAUAAAGCCGUGUCUGGACCUUGCCAGGUGAAACUGCUGAUCGGCUUUGUAUGGGUCACCUCCGCCCUGGUGGCACUGCCCUUGCUCUUCGCCAUGGGUAUCGAGUACCCUUUGGUGAACGUACCCACUCACAAGGGACUCAACUGUAACCUCUCUCGCACCCGUCACCACGAUCAACCUGGAAACUCCAAUAUGUCCAUCUGCACAAACCUCUCCAACCGUUGGGAGGUCUUCCAGUCCAGCAUCUUUGGGGCCUUCGCUGUUUACCUGGUGGUCCUAGUGUCUGUGGCUUUCAUGUGUUGGAAUAUGAUGAAAGUGCUAAUGAAGAGCAAGCGGGGCACUCUGGCGGGGACCGGGCCACAGCUGCAGCUGAGAAAGUCAGAGAGUGAGGAAAGCCGGACCGCAAGAAAACAGACCAUCAUAUUCCUGAGUGAGUCUGGGUCCCGGGGGAAUGUAGGCCUUCUGGCCUGA